AUGGGUGACGCGUCGCGGAGGGCGGAGUCGGGCACUCAGCUACUUGCUCGACUUGAGGGCAGAAGUUCUCUGAAGAAUCUUGAACCUUAUCUGUUUGCUGAGGAAGGAUCUCCUGUUCAUGGAGAUGUCAUUGAAUUCCACGGUGCAGAAGGAACAGGAAAAACAGAAAUGCUUUAUCACCUAAUAGCCCGCUGCAUCAUCCCAAAAUCAGGGGGAGGACUGGAAGUAGAAGUCAUGUUUGUUGAUACAGACUACCAUUUUGAUAUGCUUCGUCUCGUUACCAUUCUCGAGAGCAGAUUGGUGCAAAGGACAGAAGAAAUGAUAAAGCAAUGCCUGGGAAGGCUUUUUCUUGUGAACUGCAAUAGUAGCACCCAGUUACUUCUCACUCUCUACUCUUUAGAAAACAUGUUUUGUACUCACCCCUCUCUCUGCCUUUUGAUUUUAGAUAGUCUGUCAGCUUUUUACUGGAUAGACAGAAGCAAUGGAGGCGAGAGUCUUAACUUGCAGGAGAUGAAUCUGAAGAAAUGCGCCAACUUUCUUGAAAAGCUUGUGAGGGAGCAUCACUUGGUCCUCUUUGCAACAACACAGACACUUAUGCAGAAAUCUACAAACUCUGCAGAAAGCUUUUUUCCUUCAAAACUCCAGCCUGAAGCUGAUACAGACUAUAGACCUUAUCUUUGUAAAUCAUGGCAACAAAUGGUAACCCACAGGAUAUUUUUCUCUAAGCAAUGCAGUUCUGGCAACAGCAAAGGUUUUACAGUCGUUUCUUGCCACCUCAAAAGAAACCAUGUAGUAAAACGUUCAUUUAGUGUUGCAGAAUGUGGAGUUCAGUUUUAACUUCAGUUCCUUUUUUAAAAGUAUAGCAAAUCCUGGUGCCUAAGGCCUGAUUAGAUCUAAGUGGUUUUUAGUACCUUUUAAACAAGUUGGUUGUUGCUGGGUGAUUCAGAAUUUUUGUCACCAUUUUAUUAAAAUUGAGUGAAAGGCAGGAAAUGGUAAAAUUUUUGAACUACUGGAGAUGUUCAGUCCAAACUAGCGAAGAAUGUUGAAAUUACUUGUUUCUGCUUAAUGCAUAAAGAGAUUAAAUCAAGAAAAUUAGAACCCGAGACAUUUAAACUCCUAAUAUCGUUCAGUCAUCUAACCUAUGUGAUAGGCAGCCAAAUGCACUGAUUUCAUUUCUGGGUCUUAACUGCUUUCCACUCCUCCUCUUCCAAGCUACAGAAAUAGGAACCUGCUUGUCCGUGGGGGAGACUGCAAAAAGGCGAGUGUUUGCUCUUUAUGAAUAUUGGUCUUGGUUUAUUCCCAGUAGCCCAAGGCACAUGAAAUGCAUUUGCGACUUUGCCUGAAGAAGAGGAUUCAUUUUCACAGCCUGUUAAGUAGUGGUGAUCCUGACCACACUUCUCCAAGCUUGUGGCCUCUCUUGGAGAAAGAAGAAGUGCAGGUGUUUCGACCCUUAGAAACAACUAAGUUUGAAGAAUCUACAGCUGUUGCAGGAACAGAGGCCUGAUUUCCAUAACUGAAGGAAAACUAAAGCCCCAGCUCUGGGUACCCGUGAGUUUGUGCCACAUGCAGCAAGCAGUUUAGUCUUUGAAAAUAAUGGAUUGUUUUGGGUGUGGGGGAUUGUUUUUUGUUGUUUUUUUUUAAGAUGUAUGCACAGACAUAAUUUUUUCUCUUCCCUCCCUCAUUCUUCCCUCCCACUUCUUUCCCUUCCCCCACUCUCUCUAAGAAAUCCAGGAAUGCCAUGCCUCUGGUCUUUACCAAUAUGUAUUUGCCACAUGUAGAACAUUUGUGUGCAGGAUUUGGCAUGCAAUGUGUUGCAAUUCUGGCAAAGAAGAUUCAGAACUUAUGGGAAAUGCCCUACAGUUCUGGCAAAGAAUUCCAUAUUAUUUAUUAACCUAGAGUGCCCUUUGAAAGCUUCAAAGUGCUUUACAAGAAAGAAAAUUGCACACAGUACAUUCUUUAAUACAAAAACUUACAUUAGCUUACAAAUUUAAAUUACUCAAACAAGGGGAAAAUAUUUCUCACAGCAAUAUUCGUUCAGUCAUGUUGCACAGCAUGUUUUAUAGUUUAGAUUGAACAGAUUAUUAACAAAAAUGCAUAUUAAGAAGAAGUAUCUAGCACAGUAUCUUUUUGAGGAAGAUGCCUAAAAAACUCUAUUGUGAGAUAUUUACUUUUUAAUUUCCUGCCUCCUGAAGCCAGCUUUUUUUAGCUGAAUGUCUAUCUGGAUCCCCAGCAGUGUAUAGUUUGGUGCAUGCACCCAGAUUUCUCUAUAUAGUCCUAGUAGCGCGUCUGUACUGUUGUCUACAGAAUUAGGCUGGGUUUUUGCAAAGAUGCCGAGUGUCCUCCUUCUAAGAGCAGCCAGGACCAGUGGUUUGGGGAGGAAAGUGAGAAUUAUCAGCUUUCGCCGCAGCACGGGGCUCGGGGAGCUCCUGAGCAGAGCCUGCGGGCAGACUGGUCUUUGAUGGCCGUUGGUCAGACCUAUCCUCCGUGGGUUCAUCCAAUCCAUUUUUAACUUACCCUCUUGGGUCCCUCCCUGUCUUUUCACGAUGAGUUCAGUUUAAUUAGUCUUUCUGUGGGAAAACUUGGGGUUUUUUCCCCUCUCAUUUUAAACCUGCCGUCUGAUCGCUUCUUCGUGCUUUCAGUUCUUUUACUGUGGCUCAUGAGCAAACUUUGCCUUUUCAACAUCUCCGCAGAGGUGAUGAUUGUACAGACUGACAUUUCAUUUCUGCUUUCUCUUUUAUCACCACCAAUAUUUGUUUUAUUUCAGAAUGUGCAUAAGUACCCAAAUAGAUGAAAACCAGACAACUUAACCAUUCAGCCUAGACUGGACCCAAGUUAGAUGGUUUAACAUGAAUAGAUGCUUCCACUGGGAAUUAUGAUAAAGGACAUACUUGCAUUUUUUGGUAAAACAACUAGGAAGAUUCAAGUAGAACUACAGGACUUUUAAAUGUGAAAAUUAUAGGAUUACAUAAUUUCUACUACAAAAAAAGAAAGCAGUCCCUUUUUCUAUCAGAGAAUACAGCUCCACUGAAGAUAAACUGCUUUGUAAAAUCAUACUUGCUAAAAAGUCUGUUUGAGAAAAAACAAUGGAAAUGGUCUGGCAUUCCCGUCUGGAAAAAAAAAAAGCUUUUAUAUUAUUCACAAUGUAGUUUUAUCUUUUGCAUUCUACUAUAAAAUAAAUGCCUAAAUUGAAAUGAAGCCAAAGUUCUAAUUGAUCAAAAAGAGCACCUCAGGAGAUUUUGAAAUUUCCCCGUUUUAUUUUUGCUUUGAAUGCAGACAGAUUUUUUUUUUUUAAUUCUCUGGUAAUUGUAAUAUUCCUGCUCUGCACAUUUGUUUGAGAUGUACAGCGAGCCCGGCUUCCAGAGAUGCUGAGCGUCUGCGUAUCCCUGCGAGUCUGCGGGAGGGAGAGGCCGUACGCACUCUGGGAGAGCACUGACCUUAUCCUCUGCCAAAAUUAUGCCGUUUGGAAAAACGAACCUUGAGGAUACAAGUCGAAGAAAGAUGCGGCAAUGAAGAACCUGGGAAGCAGCAAUUUUGUUUGUACCUUAAUUACCUGUUGGUAUUAAAAAUGCCUUUUACCAUUUUUUCGGUGGAGUAUUUUCUCCAUUAAAACUACAUAGAAGUUGUAGUUAGUGGAGAAUGCAGGUUCUCCUCCUGAGCCAGGAACAGUGGAUGAAACAUAGCAUUAUAUUUAGUAUAUAAUAUUAAAUUUGAAGUCUCCUCUUUCACCUAGACCUAAGUUACCACCCAGUCUCCAGCCCACUCUCUAACCCGGAGCGACCGGUGCCGCCACAGCUCCGUCUCCCAGGGAGGAGGCCCCUCUGGGGUUAAUAGCUCUGUGCUGCUGGAAAUCAGCCCUGCAAAGAGAAGUGCCACUGCAUAUCAUUACAUACGGGGAUAGAUAUAUUCCUAAACUCUAAUUUAUCCAUUCUUAGAAAUUAAAAUCCUUUCAUGUCAGUUCUUCAGCUCAGUGUCGUAUUAUUAAGGCUUUUGUAGGCAGAGGAACUUUUUACAUUCUUCACAAUUUUUGUUUGUUGCUUCAUGUGCAACAAUGAAUUAAAGCAGCAAGCUUGAAAUAGAGGAACCAGCUCACCCUUUUUUCCCCAUCCUUUUUAUAAUGAGAGAGCUUUUUAGCAAGAACAAAUGAAGGUAUUUUUCAGGUUUUAUAUUUAUUUUUAAAUAAACCGGUAUUUCUAUGGACAACUGGAAAGAAAAUGUCAUUUCUAUACUCUGCAAAAAGUUUUUUGUAUUCCUAGACUUUUUAAUAUAGCAAAUAAAAUACAAAUAACACUUUCCUUGCUUUAAAUUUCUACUUGCACAUAAAAUUCAAGUUUCCUUCUUCUUACAUAACUGAUGCCAGCCAGUUCAUUUUCCAUAGAGUUUGGAAGUGGCAGAAGAUAAAGGUUCCCGUGUGGAAACAUACCUGCAGUUGUGUUUUUACUGGAGAGUACUGGCCGCAGGCAGAAGGCAGUACUGUUUUGGUGGAUACUGGACAUGACUUUUGGACCGUGUCCUGGUGGGGAACGUGACACUGCAGUUAUUUUCUGUGGCUGCUCUAAUAAUUGUCUCUGGAACCUCUUUAUUCAAAUGCAUUUUUGAUAUGCAAAUAUCAUACUGGGGCAACGGGCAACAUCAUUUUGCUAUCAGCAAGCCUUAUGCCAAACUUAAUGCCCACCUCAGGAGCCAGCCACGCCAGGCCACCCAGCUAGAGCUUGUGUAGGAAUCUGCAGUGAAUGCUCACCUGCCUAAAGGCUGCAGACACUUUCAAUGUUCAAACAACCCCAGAAUAGCACAGGAGUUGUGCGUUUUGUAAAGAAGGGGAAAUGCUGGAAGAGCUUGGAAGCUUUUGGCAGUGGAAAAAACUUUCAGGCAGGGGAAGGAGCAGACAGUGCAUCUGCACGAUCUUCUGGAUAGAGAACUCGGAUGCCCUGCAGCAGCCUCUGAAAUUAGAGGUCUUGCCAUCCCUCUGCGUGGAAGAAGACGGCAGGACAGCACUGAGCUAUGAAUAACGUGCAGUACGACAAAAGGAUUCUUGAACUGCUAACGAAGAUGUCUAGCAUGGUAAUGCUUUCAAAUAUAAAGCUGGCCAUAAUUGACCUGCAGGUUCUUCCCACCAAGGGACGAAGCUGGUGAUGGUUUCCACUCCAUAGAUGCCGUAUAGCUUAUUUAUAAUGAAGAUGUAAAACCCUGCUCCUCUGGACCCAGGAGGAAUUAAAUGUAAAAACAGACUCCUCUUUUUUUUUAAAGAUUUUUUUUUUCCCCUGCAGCUCUAGGCAUCUUCCCAGCAGUCAGCACUUAGCUCCAAAAGCACUCACAGCUUUCUGUGUCAGGACUGUGCUUUACUGGAAGUGGAUAGUUUUCUCCUUUGCUGAGAGUUUAUGCACAUACACUCUUUGUUACCAACACAGACUGGGAUACCCAGAUAUAAAAGAUUGAAGCCGUGUGAUGCAUCGGUGUGACUGGUAAAUAGCUUUGGAGACUUCAUUCUGCCUGCAGUUCGGGAGUAA